AUGGACCUGACGGGCUUCUCGGAGAACCAGCUUACGGUCCGCGAUGCCAUCUCAACAAUCUGCGCGAAUUUCCCAAACACAUACUGGCAAGAGUGUGACCAGCAAGAACGUGAUCCGAAGGAGUUCCACGCAGCACUCGCGAAAGACGGGUGGUUAGGAAUUGCGCUUCCUGAAGAGCACGGUGGUGCCGGACUUGGCAUCUCCGAAGCAACAAUGAUGAUGCAAACAAUCACACAAUCCGGCGCCGGCAUGGCAGGCGCACAAUCUAUCCAUGCAAAUGUCUACGCGACGCAACCGCUCGCGAAAUUCGGCAAUCGCGAGCAACUCACCGAGACAAUACCCAACAUCAUCAAUGGGAAAUGGCGAACAUGCUUUGGAGUCACAGAGCCAAAUACUGGCCUUGAGACGCUUGCUUUGCAGACGCGCGCUGAGCUGAAUGAGGCGAAGUCGCACUACUCCAUCACCGGCCAGAAGAUCUGGAUCACCUGCGCGCAGGUCGCGAGGAAGAUGAUCCUUCUGGCACGGACAACGCCGAGAGAGGAAGUCAGCAAGCCAACGCAGGGACUGAGUAUGUUUUGCACCGACAUUGAUAAGAGUGCCCCUGGGCUGGAGCUGAAGAAGAUCAAGAAGAUGGGUGGAAGGGCGGUUGACGCGAACGAGGUCUUCUUUGAUAAGUAUGAAGUGCCCGCGAGUACGCUCAUCGGUCGAGAAAACGAGGGAUUCAGGAUGAUUCUGCACGGUAUGAACGCCGAGCGGUGUCUUCUUGCUGGUGAGGCGCUUGGCCUGGGAUAUGUCGCUCUUGAGCGGGCGGCGGAGUACGCGAAUACGCGACAUGUCUUUGGCAGAGCCAUCGGUCAGAACCAGGCUAUUGCGCACCCACUUGCGGAUGUAUACAUGAAGCUCGAGGCCGCUAAGUUGGCGACAUACCACGCCGCUCGCCUCUACGACGCCUCGAAAACAGACAACUCCAUUCCUGUGCACAGCGUCGGAGUUGCUGCCAACAGCGCAAAAUACCUCGCUGCGGAGGCAGCUUUUACAGCAUGUGAGCGAGCGGUCUUGACGCACGGUGGCAUGGGAUAUGCAAUGGAGUACGAUGUCGAGCGGUGGUUGAGGGAGUGUCUGGUACCGCGGAUUGCACCGGUAAGCCGGGAGAUGAUCCUGAAUUAUGUUAGUGAGAAGGUCUUGGGGCUGCCGAGGAGUUAUUAG